GGUGUAUCUGUGCAGUUCGGUUUUGAUAUUUACUUCGUUUGUUUCUUUAUUUGCCUCAACUGCGGUGGAUAUGGGUUACGUGGGAUCGAGUUGAUUGCGGUUAGGCCAACAUAACAGCCUCGUAUUUUUUAUUUUAUUUUAUUUUUUAUUUGUUCUCUUCUAUCGAUUGAUAACGGAAGAGGAUGGUGAAUCGUCGAUGGCUCUUAUGUGAGUUAUGGAUGAUGUAGUCCCCAUAUAGUUUGCGUUCCCGGGAUUUAUGGAGAGGGAAACCAAAGCCGGACAAAGUGCGCUAGAUGAAAAGCGAUCGUUUCAUCUUUUUAUUUUAAAGCUUAGACAUUUUUGUUUGGUGUGAGCGCGUUCUGUGUGUGUGUGUGUGUGUGUGUGUGUUUAAUCUCUGUGUGUGGUCCACAGAUCGCAGCCUAUCGUGAUUUAUGACCGGAACUUUUUGUUUCUUUCUUGCGUUAACCAAUCCUAUACUAUAUAUAAGAGGAGCGAUUGUACGAAGUGACAAGAUGACGUCAAAGGAUCUCAUUUUCCGUCUGCUUUCAAUUGAUUUCAACGGGAAAUGGCGCUUGUAUUAUCAUCACGUUGCCGCAACUCUUCUCGUCAGUUUUGUUCUUGUCCGCGAUUUUCUUCCAUAAACUCGGAUUCGGUUGCAUGACGGCUCUAAUUGAUUGAUGACAUCUAAACACACAGCCAAGAAAAUACAAACAAAAUAGCCAAAAAGAGAGAGAGAGAGAUUCUCCAGUUACUAUUUCUUUUUUUCUUUUUGGCUUAGCAGCUCACACACACACACACACACACCAUCGUUUGCGCUAUCACGAAGUGCGCGUAUCCGUGACGCUUUUCAGCCUCUGUGUGAGCGCGUGGUUGGCUAAUUUUUCCGUUCAUUGCGCUGUUGUUUGUGUCUGUGUGUGGAUUCGGUACGAAAAAUAAAAAUCUGAAAAAAAGAACGAACGGUACAAACUGCUGGUAACAAGCGUCGUGAUAUGCGCCGAUCAUGGCACCGGCCCCUACUCACUGGACGCGUUUCUUACAAUGUUCCACCUGCCUCUACAAGAAGCAACAGCGAUCCGAUGAGAAUGGCACCGAACCGCUGAUGAGUCGUCCAUCAUCCGGCGGUAGACAGGCUACCAUCUCGCCAUCUCGUCGGAUGGACUCUUUGUCGGGCUGUACAGAUAGAGGACCGUCAUCUUCAUCAUCCGCUAUGGAUUUGAGUUUCGUCACGGAACGAAUCUUGGCGCUAAGUUUCCCGCCCGAGAUGGACACGACCACGUACCGAGAAGCCCUCCACCAGGCGGCCAGCAUGUUGCAAACAAAACACGGCGACAAUUACAUGGUGUUCAACUUGUCGUUGCCAAGGAAGGAGAUUGGACUAUGGAACCCUCGAGUGCUGGACGUUGGCUGGCCGGACCAAUUGGCACCACCGUUGGAACGACUCUGCUCCGUCUGCCGAGCGCUUGAUUCUUGGCUACAGGCUGAUCCCCAACACGUCGCCGUUCUCCAUUCCAAGUGCGGCCUACAGCGAGUGGGCGUGGUGGUAGCGGCCUACUGCGAGUACACCGGACUGUGUCCGCCCAAUCAGCAGGACCAGCAAUCGUUGGACCGCUUCUCCAUGAAGCGGUUCCUGAACGAACGCGUCGGAGGCCUCCGCACCCCGUCCGACAAAAGGUAUGUGGAAUACUUUGCCGGACUGCUGUCGGGUGCCAUUCAGGUCAAUUCCAGUCCGCUCUUCCUGGAUCACGUCACCGUCGUCGGUAUUCCAGCUUUCCAGUCUAAUGGCGGUUGCCGUGCCUUUUUCAAAGUUUACCAGGGCAGCGUUCCAGUACACACAUCGUCCAUUUACAACUUGCACGACAGCGCUCGCCACUUUACCAUGUCACUGGGCGAACGCGGGCUGGCGCUUCGCGGCGACAUCCUGGUUAAAUGCUAUCACCGCCACCGGCUACCGGUAGAUGGCCGCGAGACCAUCUUUAGCCUCCAGUUCCACACUUGCGCCGUCACGCAGCACACGCUAGUCUUUCAGCGCCAAGAUUUGGACGAUGCCUGCCAAGAUUUGCGUUUCCCACUGGACGGUUCUGUGCGAUUACAUUUCUCAACGAGCCCCGAGUCCCGCCUAAUGGGCGUCAAUGAAACUCACACCCGCUACACGGUCGAGUCGUCGACAGGCGAUCCGGUCGUUCGUUGGGAUAGUUAUGACACUGUGACCGAUUCUGCUAGUUGUCCGGAUGACCAUCAUCGUGACGCCUCUUCGCCAGCUGGAUUGACACAAAAUCAGCGUUUAGCGCACACCUACGGCCCGUUGGAUGGCUCACUUUACGCCAAAGUGCUGAAACAGAACAACAGUCCGAAAGCAACGGCCAACAGUCCUCCGCCUUUGGUGGUGACGGCGACGACGGCCAGCGGAGGAGGCGAUCACAGGAGUGCCAGCCGAUUCAGCGAUCCGUCAUCUUCGUCUUUAACGUCGGGUGGGACGACGGCCGAUUAUCAUCACCUGCAUCAUCACCUGAACCACCUGAAUCAUCCUGUCCAGUUCCUCAACAGUCCGCAUGUGGCAUCGACCGAUUCGGGAAUCUCGUCGGCCGGUGUAGUGCGUAGCGGGGGAGGUAGCAGUACCCACAACCGAGACUUGGGAGGCAGUGGGAGCACAUCCGCAUCGCCUCCGCAUUCCGGCCGUUCGGCUGAGUCUUCAGGUGCUGGUGGGGUCUUUUUAGAUCCACCACCGCAGACUCCGAGUCCAGUGCAGCAACAACAACAACAACAGUUGUCGCCCCUACCGCAGGCGUUGCAGAGGAUGCCGAGUAUUGUGGAGACGAGGGCAGAAAUCCAUCGCGACGAUCGUGACGUCAUGAUGACGGGCUCUUCUUCAUCUUCGGCUCCGCCUCCAUCGCUAACGGCCACUGCCGAGUUGGACCAACUGUUGAGUGGUAUGCUGAUGAACGUUCAAAACAUCCCCGACAUUCGACCCGAGCACAGGCAUCAUUACCAUCAACGAGCAGACGACAUUGACGUCGACAGCAUUCAGGUGGAAUUCGAUCUGACGCCCAGUCGGGAUACGACCGAUCGUUCUGUUUCCUCGCCAUCGCAUCCAGCUGGCCGGAAAUCCAAUUCGGGAUACGUCUACGAGAGCGAUACCGUUCGGCGGGCUUAUCCGACUCCGCAAAGCAGCGUUAGCACGGAAGCGGUGAAAAUGCCUUCCGGUCCGGUUGCGCAAAAUCCGACAUCUCCGCUGCAGCAACAGCCAUCGGUCAGACCCAAAGAUAUUCCGUACCAUGCACGGGAGGACAGUAAACCGUUCACGUACGGCAUGGUGGGCAUGGCCAAUGGACACCAUCAACAGGAGAACGGAGGCGCCGGAAGUGUCGGUAAUGGGACGGAAUCGACGAUGGUGACGAGCACGCCGGUGGCCGGCGCUUCCAUCAAUGGACGCAACUGGAAAGAGUCCAGCAGCAACACGAUGAACGGCCAACAGGCGAGCAAACGCCUUGAAAGUCCGUCACUCGUUCGUAAGUUUUCUAACGGAUCGGAGCCUGUCAACAUCAGUCCUGUCCGCUCGUCUCCGAGGAUCCCCGUCCCGUCCAUCGCCGAUCCGGUCAGUCCGCGUCCCAUCCGUAAACUGAGCGGAAGUGUGCUGAUUUCAAACGGAGGGGGGGCCGGCACUUCGUCGCCAACAUCGUCCGAAAUCAACGCAACGUCCACCAGCAACUCGACCAUCCAACCGGUGGCCACGUCCAGUCCUCGACUGGACACUUCUCGAAAUCGAUCCGCUUCGACCAGCGAGAUGAUGAAGACCAUGCCAACGCCUUCUCCGCAGUUGCAGCAUCAAAUCUCGCUGGAGGAAACUAUCCAGGACAUCAGCACAUCGCCCGAUUCAUCCCGGAUGUCGACGUCUAACGAAAUGGCCGGUUUGUCGUGGCUUCAGCGUCAGCAGCAAAAACUACGCGAACGCAAGGAUUCGAUGCGAAGAGCUGAGCGCAAUCCGCAAGAAGUCCGGCUCAUGUCCGAGCUGCAGUCUAGCCGCCAGUUUAGAGGCCAGCUGUUGCAACACCAACAGUCGACGACAUCGACGAUUGGCGGCCAACGACCGGUGGACGACGCUGGUUACCUGAGUGACGUUACCUUGUUCUCCGAGCUGGACAUGGUCAAUACAUCUCGCGAAGGUUCGCCCGACAUCCGCAGCUUGUACGCCACGCCCCUUCACAUCAACACGGCCGGCACCUACGGCCAAUAUCAGCAGCCGAAAACGGGUCAAGCCGGGAGUGGCGUUAAUAAGACGCUGUCAUCUUCCAAUCCGGCAUCUCCGCUACUCACGCACCGUUCUGCCUCGUUGGAGCGCAACGGGCGGUACGUGAGCGGCGGCGGAGACAGCAUCCAACAACAACAACAGCAGCAGCAGCAACAACAACAACAGCAGCAGCAAAGGUUGACCCUAACGCGUCAAAAAUCAGAUAUGAGCCAUGACCGAGAACGGCCUUUCGUGGCCGUCAAGAGAGCUCACGAGCAGCAUAUGAAGACGCUCAACACCAGCAGUGGAGGCCAGCUGAAUCCCAAUGACCUGCUAGUGACCGCUGCCUCACCUUACGGUUUGAUUGGAUACCACCACCACGGCUCGACCUCACCAACAGACUCAGCUUCCAUGACUGGAACGUCGUCAGAGCCAGUCUCGUCCAGCCGAACGGGAUUACUGUCCACCGUGACAGAUCACGCCACGACGUCUCCGACGCCAUCGUCGGCCCAAGCGGUACAGCAAUCGGUCAAUCGACUGGGCAAUCUCGACUGGUUGAUUCACUCGCUCAACACUAACCUGCCCGAUCCAGCCACGCUCAUCCGCGAGCCUAAUCUCACCCCUAACUUGAAACACUUGAUCCAUGGCAGCAGCGUCAAUAACAGCAGCGCACAACAGCGAUCACCUCAGCAUGUGACCGAUCAGGGCAAAUCACCUUUUAAUAAUCGGCAUCAUUCGUUCAGUAGUAGUCUGCCUGCUCGUGCUAACUUUGUCCCGGUGACGGGAAUGGCCAACACCAGCACAAACACUAAUAACAAAUUUCCCAAAUCAUCAGAUAGUGUCAUGUCCUGGAACUCGUCACUGAGCGGCGACCUAGAUAUGUCGGGCAAUCGUCCGACUACGCCGGCCUUCCCGGUUAUCCCUCGAACGCCUUACCUUAACGUGCACCAUCAAGGCUACGGUGGCCGUCAUUCGGUCGACUCGCCCGUCACACCGACCUCGUCCCAUUCAGGAGCCGGCCUGCCACCCAAGAGUCCAACUAUCCAACGACGCUAUCCAGCCGGUUACCAGCAGGUUAAUAUCCAGCCUUAUUCGCCCACUCCGUCCUCUACCGCUAAAAUCCUUCGCAAAUGGCCCUCCAACUCCUCGGUGUCGAGCAAGGAGAGAUCGAUUUCACCAUCGCCCUCAUCCGCAUAUUUGGGUCAAUCGCAAUCUCGACGUUCUUCCGUCCAAUCCGUUAGCGGAUUGAGCGAGCCACAAGAAGUCAGCUCUGUUCACGUCAAUUUCGUCAAAGACAAUUCCCGUUAUUGGUACAAGCCCAAUAUCGCCCGUGAAGAUGCCAUCAAUAUGCUUAAGGAUCAAUCUCCUGGAACGUUCAUCGUCCGCGAUUCAAACUCCUUCCCAGGCGCUUUUGGUUUGGCCCUCAAGGUGGCCACUCCACCUCCGCACGUGGCUGGAAAGAAUAUGGCAGACCCAUCCAGCGAGCUCGUUCGCCACUUCCUUAUCGAGCCAACCUCGAAGGGUGUCCGAAUCAAGGGCUGUAGCAAUGAACCUGUUUUCGGGUCCCUAUCGGCUCUUAUCUACCAACACUCUGUGACACCGUUAGCUCUGCCCAUCAAGCUAGUUCUACCGGAUAGUGAUUUGAUUUUCAAAGAUGGUAGUUCGAUGGCGGUGCAAUCGCUUUCCAAUCCGACGACUCAACUGCUCACUCAAGGAGCCGCCUGUAGUCUGCUUUAUUUGUUUACCAUGGAUACGGAAUCGUUGACUGGACCCCAAGCCAUCCAGCGCACGAUGACCCACUUGCUGGAAACGAAACCGCUACCAGUGCCAACCAUUGUCCACUUUAAAGUCUCGUCGCAAGGAAUCACCCUCACUGAUAAUGAGAGGAAACUCUUUUUCAGACGACACUACCCUGUGUUGACGGUUUCUUAUUGUGGCCUGGAUCCGGAGGAUCGACGCUGGAACCAGCGCAGCGAAGAAACAGGCCUGCCUAUUAGUUCAAAUCGAUGCUUCGGAUUUAUUGCUCGUAAGCAAGCCAGCAAGACUGAUAACCAGUGCCACAUUUUUGCUGAACUUGAAGCCGAACAACCCGCCACGGCUAUCGUCAACUUCGUUACUAAAGUCAUGAUGACCUCUUCAUCGCCUAGCCCGAGCAAAAAUAACGUCUAAAUUGCUGUUGGUUGGUGUAUAACUUGUUGAGCUCUAGUUUGGCUUUUUUUUUUUGUUUUGUUUUUAUAGUGGUUUAUUUAACUAUUUGGUUUUUCAUUCAAAAUGGGGAGGGAAGCACAUCCCGCCCUGAACAUUUACUAAAAACACACAGGCACACACUCGCUAAAGUAACUGAUUGGAAAUGUUUUUCUCCUGAAAAAAAAAAAAAAAAAAAAAAAAGUGCGGCUGUACCUGUUUGUACAAUUUGCAGUUGUUUCCCUUGGCCACUCUCAUCACUAAUCCGUCACGAGACAUUUUCUGCAUGCCUAAUUCGUUUUUUACUCAUUGUUGUUUCUUUCGUAGACCAUUGACACUUGUACACAUACCAUUUAACAGACAGGUCUUUUUUCUUUUAACUGUAAAUAUCUUCCAUCCCACUCUAACUGUUAUGGAUUACUGUCGUUUUCAUUUUUAUUUUCACCUUAUUUUUUUUGGGUGGGUAUGCAAAACAUUUACCGAUUUUUUUUAUUAUUUACAUGAAUUUGUUUAUGACGCAGUUUCACACAAUUUAUUAAAAGAAACAAAAAUAUGAAAGUAGGAAGAGGGAAAAAAAAUUAAUGGAUUCCCAUUUUUAUGUGCCAUUUUAAUGCCAUGCUGCAGAAAUCCAGCCUUUAAUGCCCAGAAUUAGAGAGAGAAAGAAAGAGAGAGACAUUGUAGUGGCACGGAACUCCAUUAUACUUCUCUUCACUGUCCACUUUGGCUAAGUAGCAAGAACAUGAAGUCUCUAGCAUGAAGAGCUUGAUUAACAAUUUACUUGCUCGUCUUCGUCUAGCGCACAUGCACAGUACUUUGCCACUUUUUUUACGUUACUUCGACGCCCAUUUUUUUAUUUUUUACAUUGGAUUGGUGACAUAAGCCUGUAGAAUUAUACAUAAUGACUUGACUUAUAAAUAUGCAUAUAAAAACAUUUCAUCGUAAUACAUAACCAAGUGUUCCUAAUAUUAAAACAAACGGAUAUUUGAUAUAUUGACGCGCGUGUGUUUGUGGAUUUUUCGAUUGAUUUUGUUGGUCUUCGUGCAGUAGCUGAACACAAAAAUACACAGCUUCCAUUCUCUUCCCGAA